AUGAGACGCACGGUCGCCGCCGCUAUGAUGGACUCCGAGUACGACGACGACGACGACGACGACGCAUCGUCCCGAGGGACGAGUUCGAGCUCCGGGAGCUGCCAGCUGCUGACCAGGAAGAAGCGGAGAGGCAUAAUCGAGAAGCGGCGACGGGAUCGCAUCAACAACUCCCUCACGGAACUUCGACGCCUCGUUCCUACAGCAUUCGAGAAGCAGGGAUCGGCCAAGCUCGAGAAGGCGGAAAUCCUCCAGAUGACGGUCGACCACCUGAAGAUGCUCCACUCCAAGGGAGUGGAUGCCUUCACGUUCGACCCGCACAAGUUCGCCAUGGACUACCACACGAUGGGUUUCCGCGAGUGCGCCAGCGAGGUGGCGCGCUACCUGGUGGCCAUCGAGGGCAUCGACCUGCAGGACCCGCUGCGGCUACGCCUCAUGAGCCACCUGCAGUGCUACACCGCCCAGCGGGAACUGGCCGCCAAGACCGCCACCUCCUGGAGCCCCAACGCGACGCCGUCGUCCCAGUACCCGACCGCCCCGUCCCUGCCCGCCGUGUCGCUCUCGCCGCAGCCGACGUCUCAGCAGGACCACUACGGCGGCAACGGCGAGUCCAGACACGAAGCCAACGGGUUCCGGCAGCAUUUUCCGUCUCGACCGCCGCCCAUGACGCUGACUCCUCCGACGGCCUCGGCGGGAUCCGUGCUAUCGGCCACGCACCAGAUGCAGGGGAACCAGUACUUCCACAGUGCGGGGUUCUCACCCAUGACGCCCACGUCUUCGACGACGCCGUCCUACGGUUCUGACCUCUCGCCGCACUCGGGCGGGGUGAAGCCCUACAGGCCGUGGGGAAGUGAGCUGGCUUACUGACUGCCGUCGAUCACGGACGGCGUCGAGGACGUGCCCGUGGACAUGGCCUACUCGUGACGAUGACGAUGCAUCGACUCUUCGGGCGUCGGGUGUCUGUGAAUAUAAUGAAUUCCGCCGGUUGUGCGUCAGCAAUCGAGUGAUCCACCGGACCGCUUCCCGGGGUAUUGUGUUUGCCCCGUCCCGUGUCAGGAAGGUGCCUGCGCGUGGGCACGAACCCGGUUAAAUCGUGCGGAAGCUAGUCUUCAGUCUCGAACGAACUGUAUCUGCUCAGUGUGCGAAGAUCUCGUCCUCGGAUCUUGAGUUCAUGGCACAUUUUGACGAUGUUAAGUUCUUGCCAUUGUGAUCAUUCCGACACGAACUUGACAGUGUAUAGGUCAGUCAUGGUUACUUGAUGCGUUUAUGAUCCAGAUACGAAGUAACUAAAAGAAAAAAAAUAAUUUUGGUUAUUUACGGCUCUGAACUAAGAGGUCUUUGAGGCAAGAGAGACUUUAAAAUUUGCUUAUUUUCUGGGGGCACUACCGGUUUCUCUGCCGUCCAUGACCACCAAUUUACCAAAGGAAAAGUGCGCAAGCGUUGUGAUACAUUAGGUUGACGGGUAAAAGCGUCGACAAGUUUGCCAACCCUCUCAUACAAGACGCGUCAACCGCUGAGCCGAGCUAGUCAUACAUAUCGGUGCCAGUGGAUCUUUGCCAUCGUAAUCGGUGCUCUAACGCCGGAUAACUUGAGCAUUGAGUCGGUGUCGCACCGCUGACACAUGAUGCAAAAGACAGUUUGCACACACUGUCUGGGGUCUUGCUUGUAUGACGGUCACAAUGCUCAUAUAAGAACUGCCUGUAAACAUGUUUGAAGCAGACAUAUGUGUGAAACAAACAUGCUUGGAAAAUGCUCGAGCCGCCUACGCAGAUAAUUGGUAUCACUUUUGCAUCUAACAUGCUGUGUUCUGUACGACGUGUGAACAGUGUGACAAAGGCGUUUGUGUUGUGCUUACAGCUUCGUUGUGCAUUAGGACCUGUAGAAGUUCUACGUCUGCGGGGAUCGAAAUUCAAUUCGAGCGUGAUUCUACGAACCGAUCGUAGAACGACUUUAAUUCGUUCUUUGCGUUUUAGUUAAUCACUUUAGAGCAUAUGCAACGUAAUGGCUAACGGUUGUAAUGAGUAAUAAAAAUAGAAUCGAGUCAAGUAAUCUAUGCAACGCCCCCUUGCAAAUCGCGUACAAGUUAUUGUUGUGUAAAUAUAUCAAAAGAAACGUGACAAUCAUAUAUUGACCAGAUAUUUCCUGCCGAUUGUUUUCAACCUUGAAGCGAAUAAGUGUGUACCAAAUAUUUAUAAAUGUGAUACCUAUAAAAAGAUAGACCACAACGCUUUAGCUCUAAGCGCUUCGUUGACAUCGUGUCAUGGACAGUGUCAGCACUUUUAAAGAAAAAAGAAGCUAUAUUAUGGAACCAAUUUUUACAAAACGUUUUGUGCAAAGUAGUUUUUCUAGCGCUAGCGCGACUUUAUAUAUAAAUACCCUUAAUAAAUUAUUUUGAGUACAGAACUAUACGAUGCAUUUUUCGAUAACGAAUACCCUGCGUACUUGGCGUCACCAAACCAAAACUGCCGAAGUUAGUCUCGAGCGCAGGGUUAAAGCAAACUGAGAUAUUUACAGCUCUUCGACGCCUCCAAUGAGCUUGAGACUGCGCCCGCCAAAGUUGUUAUUUUCUACAGGGAACACCAUUUUAUGUAUCACGUGCAUUCACUGUGUGCAGUUUGUAAAUAGAAAAAAGGAGAAAACAAACAAAAAAAAAACGCCACAAACGAAAAGUUAUACACGAUGAAUAAAGGCAUCUAGUCUUCUACGAA